AUGCCAAAUGGUAUGCACUUGCAAGACAAAGUUAAGGUCUUAAGGGCACUAUAUUUUAUGGAGGUGACCAAUCUUGUUGUAGUCUUGCCAGCAGUUUUGGCAUUCUUUGCACUUUCUCUACAUCUCAUCAAUAGAAUGGUGAGACUCAGAAACCUGAAUCUUCCUCCUGGAAGAUUAGGGUGGCCUAUUGUUGGAGAAACCUUUGAGUUUAUGCGUGCAAUGCUUGAGGACAACGUGUUAAGGUUCAUACAAGAGAGAGCAGAGAAAUAUGACUCUAGGGUGUUCAAGACUUCAAUGUUUGGAGAUCCUAUUAUUGUGUUUUGCGGGCCAGCAGGGAACAAGUUCCUAUUCAGCAAUGAGAACAAGAAUGUCCAAGUGUGGUGGCCUAGUUCGGUGAAGAAGCUGCUAAGGUUAUCCCUUGUUACCAAGGUUGGUGAUGAGGCAAAGAUGGUGAGAAGGUUGCUCAUGAACUUUCUGAAUGCAGAAACACUCAGAAAUUACUUGCCAAAAAUGGAUAGAAUUGCUCAGCGCCAUAUAGACAAACAUUGGAAAGGAAAGGAGCAGGUGUUUGUCUAUUCCAUUCUAAAACUAUACACCUUUGAAUUGGCUUGUUGCUUAUUUUUAAGCAUUGAAGACUCUGACCAAAUAGCAAAGCUUUCGUUAAAAUUUGAUGAAUUUCUGAAAGGGAUGAUUGGCUUCCCCCUCAACAUUCCUGGCACAAGGUUUCAUCGUUCAAUGAAAGCUGCAGAUGCAAUAAGGAAAGAAAUCAAAAUUAUUCUAAAGAAAAGGAAAGUGGAUUUGGAGGAGAAGAGGGCAUCACCUACUCAAGACCUUCUAUCGCACAUGCUUGUUACAUCUGACCCAAGUGGAAGGUUUAUGCCCGAAAUGGAGAUUAUUGAUAACAUACUUCUUCUACUUUUUGCAGGCCAUGAUACUUCUAGAUCAGUGUUAUCAUCGCUCAUGAAGUAUCUUGGACAGUUGCCUCAAGUUUAUGAGCAUGUCUUGAAAGAACAACUUGAAAUUAGUCAAGUGAAAGAGGCAGGACAGUUGUUGCAAUGGGAAGAUGUUCAGAAAAUGAAAUACUCUUGGAAUGUUGCAUCUGAAGUCAUGAGGCUGUGUCCACCAGUGAGUGGUGCUUAUAGAGAAGCUACAACGGAUUUCACCUAUGCUGAUUAUAACAUCCCCAAAGGCUGGAAGUUGCAUUGGAUAACUGGUUCAUCACACAAGGAUCCAACACUCUUCUCAAAUCCAGAAACUUUUGAUGCUUCAAGGUUUGAAGGAGCAGGGCCUACACCCUUUUCAUUUGUUCCAUUUGGAGGUGGCCCCCGAAUGUGUUUGGGGCAAGAAUUUGCUAGACUAGAGAUACUUGUGUUCAUGCAUAAUAUUGUGAAACGGUUCAAGUGGGAAUUGGUGAUUCCUGAUGAAAAGUUAAAGUAUGAUCCCAUGCUAGAACCAGUAAAAGGACUUGGAAUUCGGCUUCAAGCUUCUAGUUACUAG